GUUAAUGACUCUGUGUGCAGAGUAAUUUAGACAUCGAACACUCGUCUCAAACUCGCAGUACCGGGCUACUCGGCCAGCCCAGUUACCCAGAAGUUAAGGACCCUCCAUCUGCUGAAUCCGAUUUACCUAGGACAGCGGUCAGGCACAGCAGAAGUUCUCAUUUGCCUAUUCCAGCCAACUACAUAAUUUGCAAUUUCGCUCACCUUCACGCCCCUUACACUGUUACAAUACAUUUGCUGCAUAUUUUGAGCAGUUCCUGGUUCCCUCCACGACUUUUCCUACUGGGUGUUUCUGCCGUGCUCUUCACUUCUUAAUUUGGUACAAGCUAAAGUGUGAAACUGACCAGCUGGCUGUCACCAUGCCUCGAACGGGAAGCGGCAAGCACACGCCUGUCCUCUACCCACAUCCUGAAAGUGGAGAAAUCGAAAGUUCAACUGAUGCACCAUCUCCCCGUCCUGAUAUGUCACGUCAAACGUCUCCUUCUAGCAGUUCCAUCACACCAUCAACCUCUCGCAGUAAUCGCACAAAGCCCAGAUCCGGAAAUCCAUAUUAUACAACAUCGUUCGCUUCUCCGAGCACUUCUAGUACCACCUCCUCCAUCAUCGGCAAUGUUGCACGUCCUCCAGAUGCUCCAAAACGUGCUGCAGUUGUAUUCUCGACAUUUCAGCGCAAAUACCGCCCCGACCCGUCUGAGGGAGCAGACAGACAAGACCCUGACGCAAAUUACUUCCAACGUGGGCUUGAACAACUCAACGAUCCUGGGGAUAGUGAUGAUGAUACAGUACCGAAACCUAGUGCACUCGCUGUAUCGAAUGGACUUCUCAUACCUGGAUCAGACAUGACAUCUCCCGACAUAGAAUCCCUCUCCCAAGCGGAACGUGAACGGUUGGAAUGGCAAACUAUGCUGGCUUCGGUGCUUGAUGGCGAGGUCUUCCGCUCAGAAAAAACCAGGAUCGUGCGAGCGCUAGAAACUGUGGAAGCUCGAAGCAACACGCGUCACGACAUAUGGCUCGGUAUCCGUGCGUGGUUACGAGGCCGUUCUGAUUCCGAGGAGCUAGCUCGCCUGGAAGACCGCCGGAACAGAGUGGUUACCGCGAUUUAUGAGGAAAUCAUGUCCUUCCGUGUCCAAGCCGAGAUGGACCAAGAGACCGGAAAAUCUUCAUACCCAGCUGAAGAGCAAGUCCAUGAUGUUCUAGACCGAUGGGAUGUUGCUUGUUCCCUCUAUACGAGUUUCAAGGCAAUGCAAGACGACAAACCCGAGACAGCGAGCCCGGAACUUAUGGACAGGUUGGAUGCUCUUAUCAGCUGGAACAAACUGCAAAUGUCGUUGCAACAGCAGAUCAGCGCUCUCCAGAAGUGGACUGGCAGUGAGAGCCUCGAUGUUACAAAGCCAAACGAGCCCGUCGAGGUCUCCGUUGUCGGGGAGAAUAAAGAGAGCUCUGAGCGCACUGGAUCGACCACCUUCCUAGAGCGUGUCUUGAAGGAGGAUUCGCUUCAGCGGACAUUUGAGAAGGAUGCUUUAGUAUCUAUUCAUGUUCUCAUCGAAUCUGCCCGUCGUGUUGUGACUACUCGAUCGGAAAUGUUCGAAGAACUCAACCUACCCUCCCUCGAGAACCAACUGGUCCAGCUCAUCUCUUUUCCCAUCAAGCUCAUCGAAGCCUCAUUACACGUCCGUCUCGAAUCCGCCGACCGCAUUCAGAAUCCAAACUCGAUGGUUCUUGACACGAUGACAGAUGAUAUUCGGCUACAAAUCGGUCUCGCUUGCACAUUGAAGCGAGAGUACGAGGCACUGAUGGAGGAGGAUCCGGAUGGGAAAUGGAAGUUACCACCAAGCAUACCGAAAGGAUUCGACCGAGUUCUCCUUCAGUCCCUACUUUUGUUCUUCAAGUUGCUGCAUUGGAAGCUGAAAGGAGGUGCCAAAGGCAUAUACUUCAAGGAGACUGAUGUUCUGGAGGCUCAGGAGGAUCUUAUGGAUGAGGUCAGCAUGACGGUUCAAGGUGGCUCCGCUGUCAUCGCGGAGCAGCUGUGCGGCUUGACCAAUAGAUUACUACAUAGGAUCAUCAACUACUUUGAGACCCAAGUGCAAGUACCAGUGAUUAGGUCACGUUCGCGAGCCGGCUCUACGGGAACGAAGAAUUGGCGCGACGCGGGGAAGAAUAGUAAUGAGGAGGAGACUGGGUCUUCAGAUGUUGUAGUUUGGUUGAGCAAGGUGCUGGAGAGCGUUCGCCUGCGUUACCGCAAGCUCCAGCGGUAUGCCAGGUCUUUAAUGCAGCGCUUCUCCAAUGCUGCUGAGUACUCUCUUGAAGGUGUUAACACCGAACUGUUAAUCACAAGGCUAGUUGCCACAGAACACUUUAUGGUCCUUUCCGAUUUCUACGCGGAGCAAGGGAUAUACAUCGUCGCAUCUCCCAAUCUCCGCGCUCACCCUCCCCUCAUCAACGAAAUGCUUAUAAAGGCUUAUAACGUGAAUCGACCCGUUAUGGAUACCGCUUCGUUGGCUACAGAGACCAUUUCGGGGGACAGCGCUGUGGAGGAUCUGGAAGACUACGGCUACAUUCUACUACUAACGCCUGGCGAAGCCUUUGUGUGGCAGGGACUCGUUAUGGUUCUCCAGCUGACUCGAGUGGACCUGGCUCUUGAGCCACUCCGUAUACGACUCGUAGCAGACGGCCCCCAGAAUCGCUUUGUGUCAGCUAAGGCCCAGUUCACUUCUUGCCUUACGGAUGACUUUUCCGAAGCAUCAGAUGUCGAAAAUGACGACAGCUUGGGCUUGGCGGAGGCUCAAGCUGAUAAAGUGAAUCUGGAUCCCGUCAUGCUUCAUUGCCUAAUGGAACAAUUGGCGCACCUUCCGAAUGUAAAUCGUGAACUUCGAAGGAUAACUCGAGCAACAAACAAGUUGGCAGAAAUCAUCGUAGCCUCUGUUCAUAAUAUCAGCGACUCUCUGCGAGGCUCGGAAGGUUACCAGGAGCUGCUAGAAAAUUGGUUUUCAUUUGCGUCCGAUCACGGUCAGCAUGCGCAAAAGCAUAUGGAAGCUACCGUCUCUCCCCAUUUCUCUCGUAUGAUGACGAAGCUGGCUAUUUCUUGGGUUGCUUUUAUUUGCGAUGAUUGCGAUCCCACCGACCGUAAGACAUUUCGUUGGGCGGUCAACGCUUUGGAGUUCGCGAUGUUACGGACUCACGGCACCAAUAUUCUUCACCUCCCGGACGACGAAUUCGCACUGUUGCGACAGAAGGUCGCGAGCUGUAUGACGCUUCUUAUUGGUCAUUUCGACAUCCUUGGGGCUCGAUCUAGUUUCGAAGCCAAAAAAGAACAAGAGCGGCUUGCGGAGAUCCGUCGGAUGGAUGAAUUCAUCGGGCGUAGUCGUGGAGUGAAUGGGGGGUCUUCACUCCCCAACUCACCGAUCACAGAAACUGAAAUAGAGAAUCAAAGUUUGAGAUUGAGGUGGGAGGAGCCAUUAAAGAAGGUCCGGGAAUUGGACGCAAAACGGUACGAGAUCGAUUCACAGCACAGAGCCGUUGGUCGUGUAGUAGAUGAGGAUAAGCUUGAGGACAAAUCCCUCCUCUUCCUGGCGUCUUCGACCUCAAACAUUUCUAUCCGUUGGCAGCAGGGGCGACAUAUUGGUUCGGGCGCGUUUGGCUCGGUUUACCUUGCUGUUAACCUCGACACCGGUGGACUCAUGGCUGCAAAGGAGAUCAAAUUCCAGGACAUGAGUAACCUCACGAGCUUUUAUCAGCAGAUUAAGGACGAACUAUCCGUUAUGGAGAUGUUGCAGCAUCCCAAUAUUGUGGAGUAUUAUGGUAUCGAAGUGCACCGGGACAAGAUUUUUAUCUUCGAAGAGUACUGCAAAGGAGGCAGCUUGGCUUCGCUGUUAGAGCUCGGUCGCAUCGAAGAUGAGACUGUCCUGCAGUUCUACACCAUCCAAAUGCUCGAGGGAUUGGCGUACCUUCAUUUACGAAAUGUUGUUCAUCGUGAUAUCAAACCUGACAAUAUUCUCCUUGAUCACAAUGACACGAUCAAGUUUGUUGAUUUUGGAGCUGCCAAGAUUCUCGCUAAGGGUCAACAUAAAUCCAUUUCACGACCAAGCACGAGUGCUCCACCACCUCCAUGGCUCGACCCCGGUAAACGUGGGAUCAACAAUAGCCUGACGGGUACUCCAAUGUACAUGUCUCCCGAAGUGAUUAAGAACGACAGACGAGGUGCUCAAGGAGCGAUGGACAUAUGGUCUUUGGGCUGUGUAGUUCUAGAGUGUGCGACUGGCAGGAAGGCUUGGUCACAUCUAGAUAAUGAAUGGGCUAUCCUCUAUCAAAUUGGCCAAGCCGAUCGUGGUCCGCAAUUACCAUCGACGUCUGAGCUGAGUCCACCCGGAAUCAGUUUCAUCAAAGCGUGUUUGACGCUUGAUCCAAUGCGACGCCCAACUGCGGAGACUCUCCUGGAACACCCUUGGAUACAAUCAUUCCGAGUACAGUUCCAGGAGAUCGAACAGUCUAUUGAAGGUGGUCCUCGACCUUCUACCCCAACUGGUGGAAACCCUCAAGCCACAGCACAGCAAGGAGAUAUUGUUGAAGAAUUGGAGACCGAUGAUUUGAUGACGAACCCCAUCAUACGUUCAUAAUCAUUUAUUGUUGCUUUAUUUUUAGUUGGGUCACAGGUUUGGGACGAGGCUUGGGGUACAAAUACAACUGGUUUUAUGGUCGG